AGUAAAGUUUAAAAUACCUUACCAAUUGAAUAACAUAAUGAUGUACCAGGAAGAAAUUUUGUCGAUUUAAAAUGAAUUUUCUUGUUUGCUCAUCAUUGAAGAAAAAAAGUCGUCUCGUAUGUGUUCUGAAAUCAGUUUUUUGCCCGAAAUAGAUGUUAUGUUUGAAAUUAAAAUGUAAGCUAACUUCAGUUUGUUCUCAGAGUUUUCAUAAUUAUUGAAUUGUCUGAUUUCCUUUGCCUUUUUGAUAAUUCCAUUAUAAUGGUAUUCAACAUGAUAAAUUUUGAGAUUCUUGGAGCAAUUUGUGCUAUGCCGGCAUUCAUGUUUCUUGCUGCUCAGGGAUGGAUAUGGUUGGUAGUUGCUUUUGUUUCUUUUCCUGUAGUGUAUAAUGUCUUAAAGCAUAGAGUGAUUCAUAAUAAAAGACGUUCACGCUUCUUCGCUACCUGGAGUGUCAUGUCAUUUUUCUUCCUACUCGCAGUAUUCGAAUUGGAAGUGGUUCCUUAUUUAGAAAUACUUUUUUCAGAGAACUUGGCUUUAAUGAUUUUUGUCGCGAUUAUGUGUGUAUUUAUUUUCUUGGUGAAAUCCAGCUCACAACCUGCAUCAUUUUCUCCAUACUCAAACAACGGGUUAACGACCAAAAUAGAUCUGUCAAAACGAACGAGGUGUGAAGUGUGUUGUAGUGUGAUGCCCCUCAGAACUUAUCACUGUGAUUUAUGUGGCUACUGCAUACACAAGAGAGAUCACCAUAGUAUUUGGUUGGAUAUUUGCAUUGGUUCCCGUAACCAGAAAUACUUCCUUGGUGCACUUGUCGCUUCAUUGUGUGCUUGUUUGUACAGUAGCAACUUAACUCUCACAACUAUUUGUCAUCCUUUCCUGUUAGGUGGUUUCCUUCUGAUGCCAAACGAUUGCAGUGAUGUAUAUGGAGAUAUUCACAUGGCUAUCUGCUUUGUGAGUGCAAUAUAUACUCUGAUGAUUGCUGUGUAUGUCCUUUAUCUCCUGCUUCUACAAUUAUAUCUUUUAUGCUACAACUCCACAUGCCAGGAGUGGAAACAAGGACAAAUGGGUGUCUACAAUAAAGGUUUUUAUGAAAAAUCUGGCCGAGUUCUGGAGUCCAGCUAUGCAUUAGGUACUGAUAAAUUAACAAGCUUUCAAAACUCUUAAAUGUGACCUGUAACAGCCAAAUUUAAUGUCAGAAAAUUUUUACAUUUACAAUGUUGUUACUUUAAAACUAAGCAAAGUAAGUUUAGAAAAUAUUACAACCUUUCCCACUUUAGUGUUGUAAUAUGUUAUAAACAAUGUCAAAGAAUAUUAGAAUAUUAAGAAUAAUGAAUUAAUAUUGCAAAAUGCUUUAGUUUUUUUACUUGUAUGAAAUAUUUAACUAAAGAAAUUAUAUUGCACCUUGGCAACUAAAGUGACUCAACUCUAAACGUACUUACUACUGAUUUAAAAACUCUUUCUUAUCUUAUUACGAAACUUGCACAAAGUUAGCCUACAUAACUGCUGUAGAGUAUAAAUAAUAUAUUCACUAGAGGCAAAUCACUAAAAUUUCAUGAUUUAGAAAACAAA